GCAGAGCCGGCGGUGGGGAGACCCGGUGGUGACAUGGAUGGAUACGACGCUGGAAAAGGGUAAGGCUCUUAAAAAUGUGCAGUAGUUUGUUUUUGAAUUUGCCAAGAAAAAUGCAAUGAACCCCAGCAAGCAGAAGCUGAGCUUUUAUAGAAGCAGGUGAAAAUGGAAGAAGUUUAAAUGCAAUUGUUGCAAUUACCCAUUGGGAAGCAAUGGAUAUCCUGGCAGUUUGCCUCAAAAUGAGCAUCCCACAGGAUGCCCAGCACUAGCCUGGAGCACACAGCACUGGGGUCAGCAAGGUGGAGCUGUGGGGCUGAGCACAGAGCCCGCGUGUUUUUGUAUCUGUCGAGCCGCAAAUGUUUCACUGUUUAUAAGCGUUAAAAAAUGGGUUCAGAACCGCACUUUUAGCUACAUAAGGCAAAUGCUGAGGAAUGAAACAGCUGUCUGUUGUGUCGAUGGAGGUGGUGUUUGUGAAACUGGUGAGUUAUCCUGCUGGAGAUACAGGACCACAGAGACCAUGGCUGCAAACAGGCUGGCCUGGAGAUCUUCAGCUUUCCCUGGAUGUGACCAGUCGAGUGGUGCCAGCAGAUAACGCCUGGGGAGUACGUGACUGCGUCGCCUCCAAGGGGUUUCUGCCGUGGCCUCUUGCACUGGGGGCACAGCUCCCUGGCCGUCCCUUAUCUCCCCACACAGACUGGUGUCCUGACCUCACGUGAAACUGAGCCCCGUGCCUGGGACGUGGAUAAAGAGCUGGCCAGGUGAUGAGACCCCCAUCCGGUGUCCUCACUCCUCCAUGGCAUGGCUCGCCCCGUGGCUGAACUCGUUUGCAAGUGCUCAGCCAAAACAAUGUACCAGCAUUUCCUUUUCCUUUUCCUCUUGUCCUUCAAUCCCCAUAAAUGCCAAGAUCAAAUCCCGGGUGAAGAUCCAUAUGAAAUGCCCAAAGACUAUCAGGAGGUCUACAGAGGGACAAAAAAUGAUGUCAAAGAGAUCCCAAAGAUUGCAAAGCCCUUUGUUUCUGAGAUGAUCUUUGUGCAAACCAGCAUCACUUCUAUAAGUAAAGGUGCCUUCAGGUACAUGCCCAACCUGACCAAGAUUUUGUUCAUUGGCAACAAGAUCAAGACUGUUGAACCUGGAGCCUUUGAUAAUUUGGACAAGUUGAGGGACUUGGACAUCUCUGGUGCCUCAUUAGAGAAACUAUCUGUGGGCACUUUCCAAAACCUCCCAAGUUUACAGAGGCUGGAGCUGAGAGACAGCCAGCUCAGAUCCAUCCCCAAAGGCCUGUUUGAUGGGCUGGAAAGUUUGGGGGAGCUCUCCCUGCACAUCAAUGCAAUCCCUUCUCUUCCAGAAGGCAUUUUUGAUUCUCUUGUCAAUCUAACUUUUUUGGACCUGUCUAGAAACAGGAUCACAGCUCUUCCUGUGAAUGCCUUUAGCAAACUCACCCAGCUGCAAGUCCUCCGGCUGUAUGAGAACGAGUUGCAGGAGCUCCCAGAGGGACUGCUAGACAGUCAGCUGGAGCUGCUGGAGCUCAGCCUCCAGAGGAACAGGCUCAGGGCACUGCCACCCAUGCUUCUGAGGAGCCUGCCUCACCUGGAGAAACUCUUCUUGGACAACAACCUCAUCAAGGUUCUCCCACCUCAGAGCUUUUUUGGUUUAAACAAACUGAAGUUGCUGACUCUGGGCUCAAACCAUAUUAUGGAGCUCCCCUCCUGCCUUUUUGACAUCAUGCCACACUUGAGGGAGCUGGAUCUGGGCAGGAACAGUUUGGCCACACUUCCAGAGGGCAUCUUUGUCAACCUCACAUCCCUUGGCAAACUCAUCUUGUCCCACAACCAGCUCUCAGCCCUGCCAAGAGGGGUCUUCACUGGGCUCAGCAAGCUCUCAGACCUCCAGCUGGAUACAAAUCAGCUCUCUGCUCUGGAUGAAGAGGUCUUUGCUUCUCUCCCAAAUCUGAAAACCCUCAAUCUUCGAAAGAACCAGCUGGAGAGUAUUCCUCAAGGGCUCCUAGACCCUCUGAAGAAGCUCAGCUCAGUGUAUCUGAGUGGUAACCCCUGGAAAUGUGACUGUAACCUCUGCUACCUGCACCGCUGGAUCCUAGGCAACAGGGAGAAGGUCAAAUUGUCCACCCAAGUCUCCUGCAAGAGCCCACCCCAUCUGGCAGGGCAAGAAGUAACAUUGCUGAGGGACGAACACCUGAUUUGCCCAGGUACUCUGCCAUUUAACUCCACACCAUCACAAAGGACAUCAACAUUCCUGUCACGUGGAGCCGUGUCCACAGCAGCUCCAACCAUGAUGUCACUGGCAUCCUUUCCCAUCAGGACACUGCCAACCACUCUUCCACCUGUGGUCACCUCUGCUGUAUUGGCAACCGUGCCCAUGGAGGCUGCCUUCACCACUCUGUCACCAGCCAAGCCAUCUGAAGUCUUUGUCACCAUCCCAACACCAGCUGUGCUGCAGAAGGCCUUCAGCACCAGCCCAUCAACAACCAAUAAGCCCAAGACCUCCACCACCACACCAUCAACAGCCAGUGUGCCAAAGUCCUCCAUCAGCACCCCAUCACCAGCCAUGCUGCCAAAGGCCUCCAUCACCAAGCCGUCAACAACCACUGUGCCCAGGUCCUUCAUCACCACACCAUCACCAAAAGCCUUCAUCACCACCUCAUCACCACCUGUGCUGCCAGACACCUCCAUUACCACCUCAUCACCCACUGUGCUGCCAAAGGCCUCCACUGUCACACCAUCAUCAUCAGCUGAGGUGCCCAAGGUUUCCGUCACCAGCCCAUCAUCAGCUGUUUCAACUUCAGCCUUGGUAAGGCUACAGACUCCUGGGGCCACCCACCCAGAACCUGUGCCACCCACUCCAGCUUCUGCUUCUGCACAGGUGCCAACAAGCUCACUGGCAGCCACCACCAGACAGGAGCCUCCUGCUCUCUCAGUGCCCAGGGAGAGGCCAGCCACCAUCCCACAGGGAACAUCCACAACACCCCUUGUCUCAGCUCCCUCUGUGGCUCUCUGGCCAUUCCCCAGGACUGCUGCUCUGGGCACAGUCCCGCUGGCCUCCCAUUCACCAUCACACCAUGCUCCUGCACCAGGCAGGGACUGGGGCUAUUCCACCCCCUGUGACUCGUCCACAGCUGGUGCCCAGCCCACCCCCACUGCUCCCCAGCAGGCUCCUGCCCCAGCAGGCACCGUCCUGCUUCCAACACCUCCCAUCCCCGCACUAUCAGACAGCACCAGCCCCUCUCCAGCCUCUGCACCCCUGACCCCCAGCAGUCAUCAUGCCUGGGGCCUGUCCCUGUGGACCAGCCCAUGGCAGUGCCAGGUGUCCCUGGCCUUGGGGCUGGCCAUGCUGGCAUUGCAGGCUGCCUGCACGCUGCUGGGAGGGGUGGUCGCCUUCCUUCUCCACCAGGACACCCGCCGACCCCCCGGGCCACCCGUGAGGCUGCUGAGCCUUCAGGGUCUGGCUGCUCCGGGGACCCCUGAGCCAGCCCCGGUGCCACCUUGAGCUUUGCUGCCCUGUAUGAGCUGGG